AUGAGUGUCGCAAUCGAAGGUUUUCUAUUUAAACAGGGCAGUAAGGUAUCUUCAAAUUGGGUAAAGAGAUACUAUAUUUUACAAACCAAUCUACUAUUGAGAUACAAAAAGAAACCUGGAUCAAAAUCAGUUAUUCCAACAAGUACUUUGGAUUUGACAGAUGCAAGAGUUGAACAUUCUGGAAUCAUAAAGUUUGCAAUUUCAAUUACCACUAGAGAUUUAAAGACAAUAUUUCUAUCGGCACCGACCGCCAAGGAUGCAUCGGAAUGGAUUUCAUUGUUGAAGCUCGCCACUGGAAGAGAUGGCAGUCCAGUGGUAAUUCCAACAACAGUCACCUCUCACUCUUAUAUUGCAAGAGUGAACAGUACUCCAAGUAGCACCACUGCAUCGGUAUCGACAACCACCACAACCGUUCAAAGUUAUAUGGUACCAUCGAGUAGUGUCAACCAACAACAACAGCAGCAACAAUCCACCUAUAAAUAUCACGCACCUGCAGUCCAGCCAAACGGUGCAAGCAUUGUACAUAAUCAACAACAAGAACCAUUCUAUAAAUAUGAUCCAACAAAAAUACAGAGCUAUUCAACAUCCAACAAUAAUUUGAACAGUAAUGGUAAUGGUAAUGGUAGUCAACCAAAUAGUGCUACUUCAACACCGACUUCAUCAUUGUCAGCACCAUUGCCAUCGCCUAUUAUUCAACAAAACAACAAUACACAACCACAAACAACACAACCUAGCACAUUUGGUUAUACUUUUUACCAACAAAAUAAUCUACAAUCAUCGUCACAACAGUCACAUCCACAACAACAACAACAUCAACAACCAACUUAUUACCAAUAUAGUAGUUCAAUGGGUUCAAUGAGUUCAAUGGGUUCUAUGCAACCAAAUCCAUAUCAAUCUAUCUAUCAACAGACAACCUAUCAACAACCACCUUAUCCACAACAACAAGCUUCUUAUCCAAUGAUGCACGCACAAUCAUUGCCCAAUGUAACAACAGUCUAUAAUAAUAAUAAUAAUAAUACUCAACCUCAAUACCAAACUGAUUACUCCAGUCCUUACGGUGAUUUUACAAAGUAUUAUUCCAUUAAACAAUAA